CUCAAGUUCGGUAAAUUUACACACAAACACCAUCAUGAUGACUAGCAUGAAGCUCGUGGCAGCUUUUGUGCUUAUCCUCUUGUUCACUUACCACUGCCAGGCCCAGGGAGCCCUGGAGGGACAGCCACCGGCCCUGGAAUCGUCGUGUAACUCUACGUCGAACUCAUCUAAUUUCGACUCGAAAUUUUGUAUCCCAAUUAUAAAUCCUCCUCACGGGAAUGUGACAAGAAAAAUGGUCAAUGAAUUGAAAAACAAGGUGGAACAAAGCCUGAAGAAUAUUUUUUCUGUAUGUGUUAAGCCAAUCAAGAUAAAAAAACCAAGAAUUUUAAACAAGUAUUGUUUAACUGCUAACGCCACGUACGUCGAGAUCAAGUCAUGUUCGGCGAUUGCAAAUUACAUAUCUCAGUUGAGUGACACCAACCCUCCUCUCAAAGUGCAAAUCAUAAGCCAAACUGAAUGUCCGGCUGAUGUUCUGGAAAGCAUUAUCACAACCAUGCCUCCUACGACUACUUCGUCACAGGAUGAAAUGGAUAGUAGCAACUCCAAGCCUGAAAUUAUUGAGACAGGAAUUAAAGACUGUGGGGUUAAUUUGAAUGGAACUAACUGUACAGACUGUGCUGAUGGAUCCUUCCUUUGUGAGAAUGAUUGCGUAUUGAACAAUGACUCACGUCGAUGUAAUGGUGUGACAGAAUGUGCAACAAGUCUUGACGAAACCAACUGUACAGACUGUGCAGAUGGAUCCUUUCUUUGUGAGGAUGAUUGCGUAUUGAACAAUGACUCACGUCGAUGUAAUGGUGUGAAAGAAUGUGCAACAAGUCUUGACGAAACCAACUGUACAGACUGUGCUGAUGGAUCCUUUCUUUGUCACGAUACUUGCCUAUUGAACACCGACACACGUCGCUGCAAUGGUGUGCCAGAAUGUGCAACGAGUACACAAGAUUUGAAUUGUAAAAACUGUGCGCAGGAUGAAAUUAAUUGCACAACCUGCAAUGUGCAGUCAUUUUUCUGUAACGAUUCAUGUUUGCUUGUGAAUGACACACGUUUCUGCAACGGCAUCGUCGACUGCACGAGAGCGACUGAUGAAGCUAACUGUUCAUCCUGCCUCUUCGGAAACUUCUUUUGCGAUGGGCAAAACAUUCCGUGUAAUGAUUCGCGGCGCUGCAACGGAAAAUUCGAAUGUAAUGACGGACAUGACGAGGAUAAAUGCAGCUCCUGUCACGAAAAUGCCUUUUUAUGUGACGGUAAAUGUUAUCAAAAUUACCUCCUGUGUGACACGUAUAACGACUGCAAAGAUGGAUCAGAUGAGACCAAUUGUACAGAUUGCGAAGCAGACGAGUUCUUCUGCGAUGAUGUCUGCCACCCGAACACUGUGCGUUGCAAUGCCACUGCCGAGUGCAAAGAUGGCAGCGAUGAAGCCAAUUGCACCUCCUGCCCCGACGACUUUUUCGUGUGCGACGAACGUUGCGUCGCUACCACGGAUUCUCGACGCUGCGACGGCGUCGUCCAGUGCAAGAACGACACCGACGAAAUGUCGUGCAGCGCCUGCACUGGAAAUUCGUUUCUCUGCAACGACAGCUGCCUUCCCAUCACAGACGCCCGCUACUGCGAUGGCUUCGUGCACUGCAACGGCUCUACUGAUGAAAACAGCUGUCAAGCGUGUGGUGAACACCACAAGUGUGGUGAUGGUUCUUGCGUGAGUCGUUACGAAGUCUGUGAUGGAGUUACCAACUGCGGUGACGGCAGCGACGAACAGAACUGCUUUUGCAGCGCAGGCAAGCGGCUGUGCGGCAUUGAAGGCCAGGCGUCGUCCGGCAAGCAAUGCGUGGCCAGCGAGCGGUUCUGCGAUGGCCAGCCGCACUGCCGCAACGGCUACGACGAGUCAAGGCGAGCUUGUGGAUGUGGAGCCGGGAGCUUCCAGUGCACCUCGUCGAAACUUUGCAUCGCGCAAUCGCGGCGCUGUGACGGCAACGUCGACUGCUCGGACGGCUCUGAUGAACGAGGUUGCGUUUGUGGUGAACACCAUCAGUGUGGUGACGAUUCCUGCGUGAGUCGCUACCAAGUGUGUGAUGGAGUAAUCAACUGCAGUGACGGUAGUGACGAACAUGACUGCUCUUGCGGAGUUGGCAAGCGGCUGUGCGGCUUUGAAGGCAUGGCAUCCGGCAAAAAGCAAUGCGUGGCCAGCGAGCGGUUCUGCGAUGGCCAGCCGCACUGCCGCAACGGCUACGACGAGUCAAGGCGAGCUUGUGGAUGUUCGGCUGGAAGCUUCCAGUGCAGUCUCUCGAAGCUUUGCAUUGAACGAACGCGCCGCUGCGACGGCACAGUCGACUGCGCUGACGACGGGUCUGAUGAGAGAAAUUGCGGUUGUGGUGAACACCACAAGUGUGGUGAUGGUUCUUGCGUGAGUCGCUACGAAGUCUGUGAUGGAGUUCCCCACUGCAGUGACGGCAGCGAUGAACAUAACUGCUUUUGCAGCGCCGGCAAGCGGCUGUGCGGCUUUGAAGGCCAGGCAUACGGCAAAAAGCAAUGCGUGGCCAGCGAGCGGUUCUGCGAUGGCCAGCCGCACUGCCGCAACGGCUACGACGAGUCAAGGCGAGCUUGUGGCUGCAGAGGUGAAGAUUUUCAGUGUACGAAAUCUAAGGUCUGUAUAAAGAAGGAAUUGCGCUGUGAUGGCCGCGAGGAUUGCUCCGACCGUUCUGAUGAAGAUGAAUGCGAUCCUGCAUCUUCUCAAACAAAGAUCCUCUCUUCUCAAUUCAAAAUAAAGUAUGAGCAACGCAAGAAAAUUGAGCAGAUUCAUGAUUCAAAGAUCUCCGAUCCCCACGCCCUUCUGCCCCAACUUCACUGCACGAGUCAUGUGUGUCCAGACGGCUUGUGCGUCGCGGAAGAGAACGUAUGCGAUGACGUCCCGCACUGCAGUGACGCCAGCGACGAACUAAACUGUGAUUACGACGAUGCAACUGCUAAUAAUGACGACUCAGCUGUUGAUUAAGACGACGCAAUUGUUGAUUACGACGACCCAACUGUCGAUUACGACGACCCAAUUGUUGAUUACGACGACUUAGCUGUUGAUUACGACGACCCAACUGUUGAUUACAACUCAACUGUUGAUUGCGUUAGGGUCAAACUCAUAGCUAAUGAACAACUAUUCUUGGAAGAGACUUUUUAACAAUCAUGUAAUUUCGUACAUUAGUUUUGGAGGCUUUGGUGAAUAAUAUUGUUUUAUAUUUUUACUGCAUAAGAUCACCAUAUUUUCUCCAUUUUGAUGUGAAAGUCUACUUAAAAAUAUACGAAUUCAUGAUCAGAGUACUAGUGGAAGUUAUUUAGCUUUGAAAUAGUAAAUUUUUCCAACCAGCCUGCACGCCUGAGAAAGUGCAAUAUCCACGUGCAAAAAUAAACUCGUUUUAAUUAAAUCUUUGUUAAGAAUAGCGCUGGCACAGUAGUUGAAUUUGUCCGUGAUGAGUUGCGAAGAAUUGAGAGUUCGGUAUGAAUUAGCAAAUGCUUUCCCGUUUAUUCUGUCAAUCGGCAUGGCUACUCAGAGAUGACUUGUAAUAUCAAUUUUUCACGAAAUUUCUUUUAUUUAAAUUAACUGUUUACUAAUUCAAUUGAUGUACAAACAGAUGAAAACAUUGAUCAAGCUUGUAUAAUGUCAUGAAACAAAAUUGGCAUUUCAAUGCAGUUAAGCUUGUAGCCGUACUAAGAAUAAUAUUCAUGGGAGUUUUUAUUGUCUGAAAAAAUUCAUCAACGGAGAAAAAUUUGUGUAAC